UUCGGAAGCCCUGCCGUGCUGUGUACGGGCGUGUGCACACUUAUGGCCCCCGUCAAGUCGAUCUGCGUGAUUGGCGCAGGGCACGUCGGCGUACCGCACGCGGUGACGGUGGCUUCAAAAUGCCCGGACAUCCGCGUCACCGUGGUCGACGAUGAUGCUCGGAAGAUAAAGGCGUGGGGCUCGGCGAGACUUCCCUUCUUUGAGCCGGGCAUGCAGCCGACGCUGGAGGAGGUGCGGGGUGUCAACCUCUUCUUCUCCACCGACAUAGCCGCCGCCAUCGCGGAGGCGGACAUGGUUCUCGUCUCCGUCUCGACGCCGGUCAAGGAGACGGGCGCAAACGCGGGCUACGCGCCCGACCUGCAGCACUGGGAGGCUAUCGCGCGCAAGAUCGCGGCGGCGUCGCGCACGCCCAAGAUCAUCGUGGAGCGGUCGACGGUGCCGGUCGCGACGGCGGACACGAUGACCGCCGUCAUCCGCGCCAACUCGACUGUCGAGCGGUCGAGUCUCUCGACGGGGGAGUGGGUGGUGCUCUCCAACCCUGAGUUUGCGCAGCAGGGGAACGCGAUGCUCUGCCAGGCGUCGCCCGAGCGCGUGAUGAUCGGCGUGGCCGAGGGCGACAAGCAUGCGGAGGAGGCCGCGCGGGCGCUCGCCGCCAUCUACGAGCGGUGGGUGCCGAAGAGCCGCAUCCUCCUCUCGGACUUGUGGUCGGCGGAGCUGAGCAAGAUGGUGGCGGACGCGUUCCUGGCGCAGCGCAUCUCCUCGAUCAACUCCAUCUCGGCGUUGUGCGAGCGGACGGGCGCAGACGUGUCAGAGGUCUCGCAUGCCAUCGGAGUGGACACGCGGAUCGGCCGCAAGUACCUGCAGGCGUCGGUCGGCUUUGGCGGCGCUUGCUACGAGACGCACUUGCGCAACCUCGUCUACCUGUGCAAGUACUACCGGCUGCCGCAGGUCGGCACGUACUGGGAGAGCGUGCUCAAGAUGAACGACUACCAGAAGCGGCGCUUCGCCGCCAACAUCGUGGGCAAGAUGUUCAACACCAUCUCAAACAAGAAGCUGGCCGUCCUCGGCUUCGCGUACAAGAAGAACACCUCCGACACGCGGCACACGGUCGCCAUCGACGUGUGCAACUACUUGCUCGCGGAGCGCGCGCGGCUGAGUAUCCACGACCCGCGCGUGGCCGCCGAGGCGAUUGGCAUCCACUUCAGCGGAGGCGGCCUCGACCAGCUCGUCAACGUGGAGACGGACCCGUAUGCCGCGUGCGACGGCGCGCACGCGCUGAUCCUUCUCACCGAGUGGGACAUGUACCUCGAGCUCGACUUCGAGAAGGUGUACGAAACGAUGAGCAGGCCCGCGCACAUCUUCGACGGGCGCAACCUCCUCGACCACGACAAGCUGCGCGAGAUCGGCUUCCUUGUCGAGGGCGUCGGCAAGGGGUCGCCGCCUAGCGACGAGUAGCCCGGCUGAAGCGCGACGUCGGUGUGACUAGACGUGCGGCGGCGGAGGACAGCCGCGACCAGUCGUGCAGAGUAGCCGCGCGGUCUUAGAGGUGGGUUGUGGCAUGCGGACGAGAUCGCAGAUGCGUACACCGGGAUCCGGCGUGCUCAAGGUACUCCUUCCUACUGUAUCCUCCCCCACCUCACCCUCCCAUCCUCCCACCAGAGAGAAAAUGAAGAAAAA